CUCUCUCUCUCUCUCUCUCUCUCUCUAUAUAUAUAUAUAUUAAUACACAUACACAAUAUAUAUACACACAGUCAUACAGAGAGUUCAAUAAGUACAUAAAACUAAGACUGAUACUCUGUUUUUCCUCCAAAUGGCUUCCCCUGUUUUCUUCUUUUUCCUCUCAGCUCUCUUCUUUCUCCUUUCUUCUCUCUCUAACUCCUCUCUCAUCCUUCCCUUAUCCCACUCCCUCUCCACCACCCUCUUCAACACCACCCACCACCUCCUCAAAUCCACCGCCUCCCACUCCGCCGCCCGUUUCCGCCGCCACCGUCGCCAGGUCUCCCUUCCCCUUGCUCCCGGCAGCGAUUACACCCUCUCCUUCUCACUGGGUGCCCAGACCGUCUCCCUCUAUAUGGACACCGGCAGCGACGUCGUUUGGCUCCCCUGCCACCCCUUCGAGUGCAUCCUCUGUGAAGGCAAGUACUCCCCCUCCUCCAUCCCCCAUCCCGGCCCCCUCAACCUCAGCUCCGCCGCCCGCCGCAGCACUUGCAAAUCUGCCGCCUGCUCCUCCGUUCAUUCAUCCUUACCAUCGUCCGACCUCUGCGCCAUGGCCAAAUGCCCCCUCGAGUCCAUCGAAAUCAGCGACUGCAAAUCCUUCCCCUGCCCCCCUUUCUACUACGCCUACGGCGACGGAAGCUUCAUCGCGAAGCUUUACGAAGACACUCUGUCGAUUCCGAUGUCGACGCCGUCGUUGAAACUCCCCAAUUUCACCUUCGGCUGCGCCAACACCGCUCUCGGAGAGCCGAUUGGCGUCGCUGGAUUUGGGCGCGGCGUGCUAUCUCUACCGGCUCAGCUCGCCACCAGCUCGCCCGAAAUCGGUAACUACUUUUCUUACUGUUUGAUUUCGCACUCAUUUGAUAUGACUCGAGUUCGCAAGCCGAGUCCACUCAUUCUGGGUCGGUAUGAGAAUAAGGAGAAAAAAUUGAGGAAUGAAGUUAGCGAGAGGGAAGAUGUCUAUUACAGCUACACGCCGAUGCUGGAUAAUCCCAAGCACUCGUAUUUUUAUUGCGUGGGAUUAGAGGCCAUAACGGUCGGAAAAAGGAUCAUUCCGGCGCCGGAGAGCUUGAGGAGAGUCGACCGGAGAGGUAAUGGUGGGAUGGUGGUGGAUUCAGGGACUACAUUCACCAUGCUGCCGAGAAAGUUCUACGAAUCGGUGGUGGGAGAGUUUGACCACCGCGUCGGUGCAGUUUACCGGCGGGCGAGUUCGGUGGAGGAGCGGACUGGGCUCAGCCCGUGUUACUACGGGAAUGAGGAGGAGAAGUUCUUCGCUAGUGUGCCCAAAUUGGCGUUACAUUUUGGGGGGAAUUCGACUGUGGUGAUGCCGAGGAGGAAUUACUUUUACGAGUUUUUUGACGGCGGAGCGAAGCGGAAGGUGGGGUGCAUGAUGCUGAUAGACGGCGGCGAUGAGGAGGAGUCUGGUGGCGGGCCGGCGGGGCUGCUGGGGAACUACCAGCAGCAGGGGUUUGAGGUGGUUUAUGACUUGGAGGCGAAGCGGGUCGGAUUUGCGAAGCGGAAGUGCGCAUCUUUGUGGGAUAUUUUGAAAUAGAGCUAACGUGCGCGCUUAGUACGGGAAGUCAACUGUGGGCUGACUUUUGGUACUAGUCAAACAGGUCGGGUGUUUGAGUUUUGGCGGGUUGUCGGAUCCUCUUUGAAUUGCAAUUCUUGCUUCUGAUUUUUGGGUUCUGAUGAAAUUAUGAGAUGAGAAGCAAAAAUUG